ACCUAGUCGCCGUUUCCCUGAUAAGACUCAGUUUAGCAAUCUUCUCCUCGUCGUGGUUCGGCCGCUAGUCCUGCACUUUUAAGAAUCCACAUAUUUUUCGUUUUAAUCUUAUCCGCUGUUUUAGUUGGCAGGAAAUGCGGGUGUAACGGAUUCAUUUUGCAUUUAUUUUUUUAAUGGAGAUUUGCCGCAACAAGAGCCAGUGAAUGAAGGGAGAUGAGGGAGCGGUAUCCUUCCCGCCGCCUGGCCUUAGCUGGUCAUUGAAUGCCUACUGUCCCUGAAGCGUUUGGUUGCCAUGGCUAUGCUGACGGAGAAUGCCGAUGUGGAAGCCCUGUUAGCCUAUAUCCACCUGGAGAAGUACCUGGAGAGCUUUCGGCAGUCCGGAGUCUGCUGGGCCAAGGACUUCAUCCACCUGGACCAUGAAGCUCUGAGCCAGCUGGGAGUGACUGCCACCGGCCACAGGAAACGCAUCCUGAAACUGGCCGAGCAAAUCCAGCAGACAGCCUGGCUGAGGGAGAGGGAGACCUCGCUGGACCGCUGUCAGUCUGAGUCAGCCAUCCACCUGGCAUCGCCCCCAGUGGAGGGGACACUAACGUCUCCGGUGCCGGGUGAUCAGUCACCUCCAGAGCUACUCCGUAACAAUUCUGUUCCAAAUAUCCCAUCCACCCUCUUGGGCCCAAAUGUUGAGUCAAGCGAUGAGGUGUUGAAGCCGAUUCCCAAGCCCAGGACUGUGUUUACCAAGCUCAAGAUGGAGUCUCCUCUGUCACCUACGGGCCCAGAACCCCUUAUUCCCAGGGAACCCUCCAUGGAAUCACUGUGCUUUGUAACACUUGAAGGAUCUCCAGUCAGUGAUAAGCCCUCAACCCCAGAGGGACCAGGCCCGGGCUACAAACGAGGCUCUUUCGACGGACCACUGCUGAACUGCGCCUCGGCCCCAGACUCGGGAGGGCUUCUUCCUCCUGUCCCUCCGCGGAUGAACCGCGGCGUGCCGCCUGCCACGUUUCGUGGCCGCUUGUCCCCCGUAGGGAUGGACCAGGAGCCUCCGCCCACUCCGCCGCGUUCCUGCUCUCCCGGAUCACCCAGGUGUCGUGUGGAGCCCCCGUCGCACUGCCCUGUCCUCUCCCCGCUGUCUUCGAGUGGUGGUUUAGAGAUGGUCUCCAAUGAAAUCUACUGUGGUGCAUCGCCGAGCUCCACGAUGCACCGGGAUGGGGUUCUCUGGAACCGUCCCGUUCCGCUGCCUCCGCCGAGGCAAGACUCCUCCGGUGGCUCUUCUGAGGGCAAAGGCAGUGCGAACAACUUUACAGAUCAGCCCAAAAGAAUUCUGGUGUCAGACGAAGACGAUUCCAUUAGUCCUUACUGUGAAACCGUGUUUCAGAACCAGCGAUUCCAGGAUGUUAAGGUCAUAAGGACUAAAAGUGAUGGAGAGACCCAGGCACCAAAAAUGAAAGAGGACACAAAAGGAGAGGAUUCUGGGCUGGAACUCCGCCCGCCAUGGUCCUGUCGCUUGUCGCAGGUAAUGCACGAGUUGCCAGCCUAUUGCACGGUGGGUGACCCGGGGCCGCCCUUGGGCCGCUGCCUCUCGUUGCCCCCCCUGGGGCUGUCCUCUGGCGACACAGAUGAGGAGCAGGCCAUCUCGCCGUAUGCCAGUUACACGUCUCUGUCGGAGCAUGUCGCCCCCGUUCUCAGCGGCUGGCUGGACAAGCUCUCGCCUCAAGGGUACGACUCGUCCAGGCUGCCCCCCUCCUCCCACUGCCUGUCCUCCCCUCUCCGGAAGUGUCUGUGCUUCGUGUCUGUCUUCCCAAAUCGAAACUACGUGUUCCAGAAGCGCUACGUGAAGUUUGACGGCAAAAACCUGAUGUACUUUGGCAGCGAGAAGGAAGUUUACCCGAAAGGUGUGAUUCCUUUGGCCGCCAUACAGAUGGCCCGCCCCUCCAAGGAUAACAAAUUUGAAGUUGUUACGAGCCAUAGAACAUUUGUCUUCCGAGCCGAUAACGAAGCCUUGAAGAACAAGUGGUGCAGCACGUUGCAGGGCCGGGUCAAGGACCAGCUGGAGUUUGGGCGGCCGCGCUUCGGCCCUGGCAGCCACUGUCAAAAGAGUGGCUUCCUGGAGCUCAAAGGCACCAAGUCCAAGGUCUACACUGCCAUCAACACGGAGCAAGUGUGGCUGUACAAGAACGAGCAGUGCUUCAAGAAUGGAAUUGGAAUCACCUUGAUAGAAGCCAGAGGCUCUACGAUUAGAGACGGCAAGGGCAAAAGCUUUGAUCUCAUAACUCCCUACAAAGUUUUCAGUUUCACGGCUGAGUCAGAGCGAGAGAAGAGAGACUGGAUGGAAGCCCUGCAGGAGUCCAUUGCGGAGACGCUCUCUGAUUAUGAGGUGGCGGAGAAGAUCUGGUCCAACCGGUCCAACAAGAUGUGCGCUGACUGUAAAGCCAUCAACCCUGACUGGGCCUCCAUCAACCUCUGUGUGGUCAUCUGCAAGAACUGUGCGGGGCAGCACCGAAGCCUUGGCACUAUGGUCUCCAAGGUACAGAGCCUGAAACUGGACACAAGUGUGUGGAGCAAUGAAAUUGUGCAGCUCUUCAUUAUGCUGGGUAAUGACCAGGCCAAUGAAUUCUGGGCGGCCCACCUUCCCGUGGACGCCGAGCUGGACCGCGAUGCCAGCCCAGAGCAAAGGCGCGAGUUCGUCAUCCUCAAGUACCGCGAGGGACGCUUCCGCCGCUCACAUCCCAGCUUCAACACUCAGGAGGAGCUGCUCAAGGCUCUAUGCACUGCAGUGACUGAGCAUAACCUGCUCAAGACUGUCACGUAUAUUUUCAGUGAGGCUGUCGCUAACACUAAUGGCCUGUCACCGGACCAUCGUUUGCAAGCUGCCUCAGAUUCCAGCCUGGUAGACUGGACACAAAGCGUUUAUGAUGAGAUCAUCCAGCCCGUCCUGUACUCUGGCUACAUCUACAAGACAGGCUGCUUGAACAAAAGCACAUUAUCCCGCAAGACGAGAGAAGACUUUCAGAAGUACUGGUGCUCAGUGGAGAAAGCCCUUCUCUUCUAUGAGUCAGAGAGGUGCCACGAGCCCUCGGCCAAGAUCGACAUCAAGGACAUCGUCUGCCUAGGCGUCAGCCGGCCAGACACGUCCAACAACACAGGCUUCAUUGACAGGUUCCGCUAUACAUUUGAACUGUGUUUGUCCUCCGAGAAGCUCUACCAGUUUGGACUGGAGACCCCUGAUUCUCUUCAUAAUUGGGCACGAGCCAUUGGGAAGGCUGCCACCCCCAUCAGUUGUCACUGUUUGCUGGCACGUGAGUUCGAGAGGGUGGGCAUCCUGCGCUACAAAGCCAUGCUGGACCCCCAGCAGUGGAAGGAGGGCUACUUCAUCCUGCAGAAGUCCAACCUCUUCAUCUGUCCCAGCAGUGACGGCGCCGCUGAGGACAUCAUUAACCUGAAGCACCUCCAGGAACUCAGCGUGACAUUUCAAAACGAAAAUAAUGAGAAGAAAGAAAUUCUGGUGUUGGUUGAAAAAGGAAGGACCCUGCACCUGCAGGGUAUGGGACGCACAGACUUCUCCCUGUGGUCCACAGACAUCCAGACGGCCGCUGGGGGGAAGGGGAACACGCUGCGGGACCAGCAGCUCAGCCGGAAUGACAUCCCCAUCAUCGUGGACAGCUGUGUCGCAUUCAUCACUCAGUACGGACUGGGACAUGAGGGGAUAUACAGGAAGAAUGGAGCCAAGACCAGAAUCAAGCUGCUCAUGGAGGAUUUCCGCAAGGACGCUCGCAACGUCAAGUUACGCAUAGGGGACAACUUCAUAGAAGAUGUCACGGAUGUACUGAAGAGGUUCUUCCGGGAACUGGACGACCCCAUCUUUAUGGCUGACCUGCACCCACUUUGGAAGGAGGCAGCAAAGAUAUCCAAUAAGACGCAGCGGUUGGACAGGUACAAGGAAGUAAUUCGCAGCCUGCCCCGGGUGAACAGGACCACACUGGCCGCGCUGAUUGGUCAUCUGUAUCGGGUUCAGAAGUGCGCCGGUCUCAAUCAGAUGUGCACCAAGAACCUAUCGCUGCUGUUUGCCCCCAGCCUCUUCCAGACUGACGGCAAGGGGGAGCACGAGGUGAAAAUCGUGGAGGACCUCAUCGACAACUACCUCUAUGUUUUUGAUAUUGAUGAAGAGCAACAGACCCAGAUAGAAUUAGAGAUCAGCCUCAUUACUACGUGGAAGGACACUCAGCUGUCCCAGGCUGGCGAUUUAAUCAUUGAGGUUUACCUUGAAAAGAAGAUACCUGACUGCUGUAUCACUCUCAAAGUUUCCCCAACAAUGUGUGCGGAAGAGCUGACCAAUCAGGUGCUGUAUCUGAGGAACGUGCCGGCUGGCGAGAAGGACGUGUGGCUGACAUUUGAGGCGAUAGAGGAUGGAGAGCUCGAGCGCCCCCUACACCCGAAGGAGAAGGUUCUAGAGCAGGCCCUUCAGUGGUGCAAGAUGGCCAAUCCCAGCUCUGCCCACUUGCUGGUUAAGAAGGUGCCUAGAGGAGAGGCCAUUAAUAUCUUUACAGCCUACAAGAGCGAGAUCGCGAAGAGCGGGGUCCUCAAGUGUCGGGAGGAGCCGCCCAAACUCCUGCAGGGCAAUAAGUUCCAGGAGCGCACCUUUCAGAUCCAAGAUCACAAGCUGCUGUUGCUGAAGGACAAGAAGAGUAACAAGCCAGAGAAGGAGUGGUUGUUAAAAACGCUGAAGAUUUACAUCGGGAUUCGAAAGAAGCUGAAAGCACCUACAAAGUGGGGAUUUACUGUGUUAUUGGACAAACAGCAACUCUACUUAUGCUGUACCAGCGAGGCGGAGCUGUGGGACUGGAUGUUAAACUUUCUUAAAGCGCAGCAUGAUGACCUCCAGGCCCCAGUGCUUAGACGCCACUCCACCUCCGACAUCUCCAAGCAGAAGUUCGGGACCAUGCCCCUGGUGCCCAUCCGAGGAGAUGAAAGCAACUCCACCAUGCUGUCAGCCAAUCAGACUCUGCGAAAGCUACAUGCAAGGAGGACACUAUCCAUGUUCUUCCCUAUGAAGAUGCAGCAGGAUUCAUUCGAGGAGAGAGCAGAGAGUCCGGAGCCAUUGUAUGAGGAAGUGGGUGAUUUCAGUCUGCCGGCGCUCGGAUCGCCAGAGGCUGCCAGCUCCAAGACUCAGGAAGCGCCGGACAGGCCGAGCAGCCUGGUGGCCAGGAAGACGGCGUCCCUGGACCGUAUGAUCGGGCCCAACCCCGUGCGUCUGCUGCCCCCCGCCUCCUCGCUGGACACCCUGUACCGGGACGAGCCCCGGCCUCUGGACGCCGGCCUGGCACUGCAAGCCACACCCAGGAGGAAGCCUCCACAGCCCAGUGACAGAUCCCAGGUAAUGCUGCUGCAGGAGCUCAGCACGGUCUUCAGCAGGAAGAUCGAGGGCGAGGCUGCGGACGGAGGCGAGGACGGGGAUUUGGAGGGACUUUGAAUGAGCGAAUGGCACAGAUACCCCAAGAGUUUGCCAGACAGCCUUGGCUGCCAUAGUGUCUUUAACAACACUGGAUCUAGUGGCACUAAAGCAUGUAUAACCUUCUCUCUCAACUAAACUUCAUGGAUGCGGCCAUAGUGGCACCAUGUGUGUUAGUGACAGAACAACUUUCACCACAUUCGCUUAUUUCAUGUCCUUUUAGGACCAUGAAUUAAUUUUUUUUUUUCUUUUCUUUUUUUAGUCACUCACCCCCUGCCAGCAUGUGAACCAGUUUCACACCUUUUUGCAUAUUGAAAUAUACUUUACGGCCUGUGUAUUUAUUUAUUUAUUUUAUAGAAUAACGGUAUUUUUUAGAAUAACUUUUUUUUUUUUGGUAGUUUGAAAUACACUGUGACGCGAAUAUCAGCUAGAUGGGAGUGUAGAAAGACACACUGUAUAUUAGCUUAAAAUUGUGAACACUACAAGCAUUCCGAAUUACACAAAGCAGACGCCUUUGGGAGUGAUGACGAUGUUAGUAUUUGCAGCAUGCAAAAAUUUUACGAAGAUUGCAUCACUUUCAAAUUACGCCUGUUGCAUUUGAACACCUGUGUAAGGUUCAUUCGUGUAUUUGUACAGGAGGGGGCAGAGUUGAGCCGGGGUUUUAUAUUAAAACAGAGUACAAGGUUAAACAAUUGCCUUGGAACCAGACAUUACUGGGUGACACUUGUAACCAAUAUAAGACAAAAAUUUAACUGCCUAAAUUUAUUUUGCCGCUAACUCCUAUCGAUAAAUAAAUAAAUAUAUAUAUAUAUAUAAAAUUCAUAUUCAUGGGGGGUGAUUGCUAUCAGUUUAACAAAUAAAAAUCUUCAGGAAUAAAAUUAAGAAUGUUUUGCAAAAGUGAUUUAAUGGCACGUAUGGAAGUUAAAUGUCCUAUAAGCUCAUUUUCUGUGAUGUAUAUAGCGUUGACUGUUCCCUCCCUAGGGAAGGAGCAUAUUUAGACUUUACAAAUGUAGUACACAAUCUUAAACAUGCUUAAUAACUAUUUGUGCCUUUUAACGAACGUCAAAAUACGGAGACCAGCCAAGAGUCGCGCACAGUGUAUCUGAACUGACGGAGAAGAUCAAAUGUUACCUGCAAAAAAAAGCUAGAAAUAUGUAAUGAUUGAAUGUUGAUUCUUUCACUCCGUUGUAUCGUUGUUUUCUAUAUACUGAUAGUGUUUUGCUAUUAACUCGUUUUAGCUGUCGUUCGGCUGCAUUCCCAACGGGACACUGCCUUACAUGUUCUGCUUAACUGUAAAUACUGUAUAGUUUUACAAUACUUUUGGGAUUUACCUAGCUCUUGUUUUGUCAUAUAAUGUGUAGCUCAAAUGAAGGAGUUUUUACAUGUUGUAUUAUAUUAAAUGGUUUCUUUUCUAAGUGUGUGUGUUUAAGUAAAGAGACUACAAACCUUU